ACUUUUCUCAACUAAAAUAUCUCAGCUGAUGGAAGACCAGAAGUCCAGACCGCGGGAUGACUGUCUGCCGCUGAGCAAGAUCCGGACCAUCAUGAAGAGCUCGCCGGACAUCGAGCUGGUCAGCCAGGAGUCGUUGCCGAUUGUGUGCCGCGCCACGGAAAUGUUUAUCCAACAUUUCAUCACCCAGGCCUAUGUGCACAGCAAAAACAAGAAGGCCAUUGAGUAUGCAGAUAUCGCUGUCGCGGUAGAAAAUGAAGAAAAUCUGUCAUUCCUUGCUGAUAUACUUCCCCGGAAGCGGUUGGCCGGCGAGUGUGUCGAUUUGACCAAGAAGAAGGCAGCAACGACACCGACCAAGGCCGAGCCGGCGCCGCAGCGGUGAUCCCUGUGCAGCCGGCGCUGCAGCGGUGACGCCUGUGCAGCCGGUGUCGCAGCGGUGACGCCUGUGCAGCCGGCGUCGCAGCGGUGACGCCUGCCCAGCCGGUGUCGCAGUGGUGAUGUCUGUGCAGCCGGCGCCGCAGCGGUGACGCCUGCGCAGCCGACGCCGCAGCGGUGAUCCCUGUGCAGCCGGCGUCGCA